AUGCACCUGGGUGUCAUCGCGGAAAAGUAUACUAACGUUCAGCUUAGUAGUGAAUUACAGGGAGUACAGAUCCACGGUCCAGAGGUCAUUACCCGUAGACUCUACUCUGCGGUCUCACUGAAGACAGGAAGCCCCGUUAACAUACUGGAGUACGAUGUAGCUGAGCUUUCAUUAGAGGCCCGCGGACGUUUGGUCAUGAACCUUGAAAGGCUUGCAGACAUAGGCGCUCGUUUGCCUAAACUGCCGGGCAGUUGUCUCGCUCUGCACGGAAGCGUAGUAUCGUACGGUCGGGAGGGCUUCAUUUACCAGGAGGUGCAGCAUGGCCGAAGUCUAGCGGAUGAAAUAUCUCGCCGCAGAUCAACGGGAUCAAGCUUCUCCGAAUCUGAGGUCUGGGAGAUCUUAGCUGGAAUUGUGACGGCCAUUGAUUCUCUCCGCAAAUUGGGUGCUUUGAACGAGCCCCUUUUCUUCACACCUGAUAACGUCCUUCUCCUAGAACGGGAGAACCCGGGGAAACCCCUUUCUGUUCUUGUUUGUGAGUACAUGGAUUAUCAAAUCCAUUCUUUGUCGGACCUUCUACUCAACCAUGAGCAAUAUAAUUUUUCACUUCCGUUCCACGUACCCUCCCCGGUAGCAAAUCAUAUAUCGUGUUCUUCCCUUGAUGAAAGACUUGUGUGGAACAUCGGAACCUUGGUCUUGAAGAUCAUGACAAUGAAGCCCGCUAUGAGCUCGAUGUAUACAACAGAUGGUGCUAUCAACCUACCAAAGCUACUAUCUGAAAGAGGAUUCUCCGGCCAGCUAAUAAGAAUAGUGUCAGGUUGUCUGGAGCACGAUACCAAAAAGCGUGAGCAUCUAGAGAAGAUAUCAAGCCUGGUCCAUCUUAAAACAACAGCGCACUUGGCUGCACCAGUCCAGCCUUACGAGUAUACUGAUGGAGACACUGAUCUGAUGCAGGCCGCCGCGCUCAAUGAUACAAGUGCCGUCUCCUUGCACAUUGGCUUCGCUAGAUCUCAGAAUAAGCAUGGUAGAACUGCUCUUAUGCUCGCUGCUGAGCGAGGUCAUCUGGAGGCCGUCAAGCUUCUAGCUUCACACGAGCUCCAGUUGCGGGACGAGAAGGGAAUGACCGCACUCAUGUAUGCAGCCAUGGCGGGCCGUGCUAACGUUGUUUCUUAUUUGAUAGUAGCAGGUUCCCAAUCAGGAGCACAAGAAACAGGGGUUUUCAGUUCUGAUAACCAUUGUGCACUUAUGUAUGCCAUCAGUCAUAAUCGCGCCGAAUGUGUACGCAUACUGGCGCUCGAGGAAACGAAUGCUAAGAUCCCCGAGACAGGAGGCGAAACAGUCCUCAUGUGGGCUGUCCACAAAAGGGAGGAAACUUUCCUAGCUGAGCUCGCUGACGCAGCUGCUAGCUGUGAGCCUUCUUCUUCCGAGUCCGGGAAGACUGCGCUUAUGUUAGCAGCAAUCACUGGAUUUACGACCGCAAUCAAUACCCUUCUUUUUCAGGCACGAAGGUCUGAUAUUCACGGACGUACUGCGCUUAUGUACGCUGUUCUGGAAAGCAACGCAGACGCAGUUGAACUACUAGCUCCACAUGAAUGCAAGCAACAUGACGAGCGAGGAGAGAUGGCUAUAAUCAAGGCUAUGAGAGCGGAAGAUGUUAAUAUGGUCAAGAUUCUGCUUCCGCAUGAAGGGAAAGGGCACACAGCGGACGGACUAACCCCUCUGAUGGUUGCUGCUAAAACUGCUAACCGUAGGGUCUUCGAUCUGCUCAUAGAUGAGACUUGGAUGGUUUUGGCAUCGGAUGGGACCAAUAUCCUGGACUACCUCUCGCGGACAGGGAACACCGUUUACCGUAAGGCAGUCUUAACGUAUGCUAAGACCCACGGCGCCUCUUUAACUCUCUCACCUCGCAGACCAAGCUGCGUUGUAGAGCACAAAACACAGCUUAUGGAGGCUGCCGAGCAAAAUAGGCCUGAUCUGGUGGCCCAAUAUCUAGACCAAGCAGGAUGCUUGCUGCCAGGGUUCGUUUCCCAAAGUUGUGGCACGGCCUUAAUGAUGGCCAUCAACAAUAGGAAUAUCGACUGCGCUUCUCUCCUUGUAGAGCGAGAGGCCGGGAUCCAGACAAAGGAGGGACUGACAGCCCUUAUGCGUGCAGCCGAAAUGGACUAUAUUAUGGGGGUGAAGUUACUGUCGGAGCAUGAGACCACGCUUCGAGACUGGAAUGGAUGGUGUGCUCUUAUGUGGGCUGCAUCAAAGAACAACAUCUCCUGCGUCCGCCUCCUGCUCUCUGAGCAAGACCUACGGAACAACGCCGGCAAGACUGCACUUCAAGUGGCACAGGUUGCAGAACAAGAGGCUGCGGCGUCCAUCCUUGAUAGUGCCAGCAAGUAG